GAUGAUCAACAGCGAGCUGUCAAAGCUAGCAGCAAUCUUUUAUUUUCAUUCACGUCUGCAAAACAUUUCGAAGGAAUUCGUCGCAUUGUAGUGAUUUCCCGUACGAUUUUUACCCUCAUCUAUCGGUAGCGAAUAAUAUCCACAGAAGAGAACCAGUUCUCCAUGUAAACCCAAUCGGACGACCUCCACGGAACAUUGGCCAUGGCGAGCAGCGGCAGCAAUAACGCAAUGUACUUGCGGCAGCAGUUCUCUGCCCUGCUGGGAAACACUUCGUCAUCGAUUAAGUUCAUCUGCAUUUCGACCCUGGUCGGAUACGCGCUGUCCUUCUCGGACCGUGCCGUGGAUAUCCUGAGCGUCACGCCGGGAUAUUUGAUGCCACCGACCUUCUGGAUCUGGACGAUAUUCACCUUCUGCUUCAUCGAGUUGCACUUCUGGGAAGUGUUGGUCGAUUUGAUUACGGUGGGUUUGUGCGGGAAGCUAAUCGAACCGUCCUGGGGCCAAAUGGAGAUGCUGCAGUAUUUUGCCAUCACCAACACCGGGGUGGCGAUCCUGACCAGUUUCUACUAUCUGUUCUACUCAAUGAUCACCAAAGACGCGGAAUUUCUGUUCGACGUUCACAUCCACGGAUUGGCCGGGAUGAAUGCAGCUGUUAGUGUGGCCGUAACGCAAAUCAUGCCGGAUCAUUUGAUUGCCCGGACCCCGCUGGGAAAGUUUUCAAAUAGGAACGUUCCUCUCACCGUGGUAAUCGUAUCGAUAAUAAUGUGGGCCAUUGGCCUGCUGGACGGAACGUACCCAGCGAUGUUCGCUUCGGGUUUGUACGUCUCGUGGGUGUAUCUGCGAUUCUACCAGCGGCACUCAAACGGAACACGUGGCGACAGUGCAGAGAACUUCCGUUUCGCCAGCUUCUUCCCCAAUGUGUUGCAACCGUUCGUUAGUCUUAUUGCCAAUCCAGUAUAUCUGGCCUGUCUACGAAUUGGCCUGGUCAAACGAUUGACGCCUCAGCAAAGCAAUUCAUCUUCACUGCAAUCAGUCAGCGUCCACUCGCUCGUUGGGGUUGAUCCUCAUGACAUGGAAAGGCGGAGACAAAUUGCCCUGAAAGCUUUAAGCGAGCGAUUGUCCAAAACUACUGACUCUAGUCGUCAAAACACGCUGCCCAAAUCGUUCCCUCAGACGGGUGCUUCUGGAAAGCACCAUCAUCAUCAUCAUGGACACCACCAUGGAGGGCACCAUCAUCACGGUGGCGGACAUUUGCCCUUUCCAAUGACCAUGGAUCGGCCAGCAAUCCCUCUUCCGCCACCACCGAGCAAAUCCGCUCUGAAAUCCGCCGACUCGACGAAACCGACCAACAGCAAUAGCGGCGUGGCCGGUUCGAAUAGCACAACUACCGUAGAUUUGAUCAAUCUGGACCGAUCCGGCCCGAGUCAGCCAUCUGGGUCAUCAACGACGAACACUUAAAAUAAUACCGUUGCGGACAAGAAACCGACAAUUGGCCAGUGUGAAUUUGUUAAUAGGAGAUCGUUUUGUCGUGGGAGGGAUUACCGGAGAUGAACUCGUUCGUGGUAAAUGUGAAUCGCAGAAUUCAGAGACCUGUACUGCGAAUUUGUAAAAUUUUUGAGUGUAUUGGAAAAAAGAUGCUUUAAAUAACUAACUAUAGUAGGAUAUGCGCUCUCCCUGUUUCUGUUCAUCUAUUUUCUGUAGAUUUUACUUGUGAUGAUUGAUAAGCUAUAAAAAAGCACGGAAGUGUGUAAUGAUCGGUUUUGCGUUGUAGGACAAGUAGAUUAGCUCCUAUUGAAUGCAUUACCAUGUUAGAAUCUAAAUAAAAUGUACCUAAAACGA